AGGGAGCAGCGCUCAGUUGGUCUUUUUUUUUUCAAUCGGACAGGAUCUGAGAGCGAAGCACCCAAAAAAAAAAACAAACUACAAGAUCAAAAAACGUGAAAAUGGACAAAAUCGCCGCCUUGAUCGUCGCUGCCCUCGCUGUCUCUAUGUGCGCUGGGGAGACCUGCGUGGACCCCACAAUCUCUCCUGCUUACUACAGCACCUCGGACGCGGUUAUCGCCUCAGAAUCCGUCUUCAUCGUCGAAAUCUCUCUGAGCUGCAAGAACGGAGCGCAGAAUGUGGCUCUGUAUGCUGAUGUCAAUGGGAAGCAGUUUCCUGUCACCAGAGGCCAGGAUAUAGGCCGUUAUCAGGUCUCCUGGAGCAUAGAGCACAAGAACGCUAGAUCGGGCACCUACGAGGUGAAGUUUUUCGAUGAGGAGUCGUACAGCGUCCUGCGCAAGGCUCAGAGGAACAAUGAAGAUGUCUCUGCCAUCAAGCCACUGUUCUCAGUCAACGUGGAUCACAGGGGUGCUUGGAAUGGGCCCUGGGUCUCCACUGAGGUUGUGGCCGCUGUUGUCGGAGCUCUUGUCUAUUACCUGGCCUUCAGCGCAAAGAACUCCAUACAGGCUUGAACCUCGAGGGAGAGAGAGAGGGGAGGAGGGAGAGGGGGACUGACUGAGACAGGACAGAGGGGAGGGAGGCCACCCAAAACCAGAGACUGACCCAGGACGGGGGUGGGGGCUGAGGCCAGUUGGAAAUUGGGGAGGGUUUGGGUUACGAAUGUAGGAUGGGAGCAGUUAUUUUUAUUUACCCCCUGGUUUGAACAAAGUUAAAUCUGAACGCUGUACUGUUGAUGGAAUAAAAUAAUUUUGUACUAAAA